CAGGGCGGCCGCUGAUUGGCUGCUGAAGCCUUGGUCCCAUCCCAGUGACCCCAAAGUGCUGGAGGGAGGGGGCGGGGGUGGCCCAGUGCAAAGUGCAUCCCGAGAGCCCCCCGCCUGGAACCCCCGCGGCCGGCACUCGGGACCCUGCAUGAGCCGGGACCUCGCCGCCCCGAGACCUCCCGGGACCCCCCGCAGCCCGGCGCGUCCGAGCCGGAGCGCGGCAGCCCCCAGCCCCGAGCCCUCGCCCCGGGACUGCCCCCCCGUCCCCGGAGCCGGCACUUCCUCCCCGCACCCCUGGCCCGAGGCGGCCCGGCGGCCCGGCCCGCCAGCCCCGGCCUGCCCGCCCGUGUGCCGCCCGCCGGGCCGGGGCCGAGCCCGCAGCCCCGGGGUCCGAGCCGCGUCGGGCUGCUUCUUCAAUGGAGAAGUUGGUGAGUGUGCAGGAGGCGGAGCGGGGGACGCGCUGCAGCAGCUGAGAGGACAGGUCGGAGCCGAGCACCGGGACGGGACGCCGCCGAGAGCCGCCGCCUGCUGCACUCCGGGAGGGGUGAAGAAAGCUCCCUGGAAGGUUGGGCCGGUCUCCGAGGCCCUCGCCCAUGAUGCUGCACGUGCACAAUGGUGAUUAGGUGGCCCCUCCAGCAGGCAAAGGGAAAUUCUGUCAGACGGCUCCCCAUGACCGAAUGACUCCCGUGUGAGCAGCGGGACUGAGCGAGGAUGUUACACCACCACUGCCGGCGGAACCCGGAGCUCCAGGAAGAGCUGCAGAUCCAGGCCGCCGUGGCUGCCGGGGAUGUGCACACCGUGCGGAAGAUGCUGGAGCAGGGCUACUCCCCCAACGGCCGCGACGCCAACGGCUGGACGCUGCUGCACUUCUCCGCGGCCCGGGGCAAGGAGAGAUGCGUCCGCGUGUUUUUGGAGCACGGAGCUGACCCCACGGUCAAGGACCUGAUCGGAGGCUUCACGGCGCUGCACUAUGCGGCCAUGCACGGCCGUGCCCGCAUCGCGCGCCUCAUGCUCGAGUCGGAGCACCGCGGGGACAUCAUCAACGCCAAGAGCAACGACGGGUGGACGCCGCUGCACGUGGCCGCCCACUACGGCCGGGACUCCUUCGUGCGCCUCCUGCUGGAGUUCAAGGCCGAGGUGGACCCGCUGAGCGACAAGGGCACCACGCCGCUGCAGCUGGCCAUCAUCCGCGAGCGCUCGAGCUGCGUCAAGAUCCUCCUGGACCACAAUGCCAACAUCGACAUCCAGAACGGCUUCCUGCUGCGCUACGCCGUGAUCAAGAGCAACCACUCGUACUGCCGGAUGUUUCUGCAAAGGGGGGCCGACACGAACCUGGGGCGCCUGGAGGACGGGCAGACCCCCCUGCACCUGUCUGCCCUGCGGGACGACGUGCUAUGCGCACGGAUGUUGUACAGUUAUGGCGCAGACACCAACACGAGGAACUACGAAGGACAGACGCCCCUGGCCGUGGCCAUCAGUAUCUCCGGGAGUGGUCGGCCGUGUUUGGAUUUCUUACAGGAAGUCACAAGACAGCCGAGAAACUUGCAGGACCUGUGCCGAAUUAAGAUUCGACAAUGUAUAGGCCUUCAAAACCUCAAACUACUUGAUGAACUACCGAUUGCCAAGGUCAUGAAAGACUACUUAAAACACAAAUUUGAUGACAUCUGAUCUCCACGGAGCCGUGAGCAAGAUCAGAAGUUCUAUUCCAGAUACUUCAGAGGCGUUCCCGCCUUGCGCAAAGUGUAUCCUAUGCAAUUUCUGAUUCGCUCUGAAGUCAGGAAGCAGAUAGAGACCUUUUGGUUGAUCGGUCGGUCGUUGGUUUCCUCUCUGGUUGGUUCUCAUUGUAGGGGAGGGCUUUUGUUUUAUCUUUUUGUUCGUUUGUUUUUAAUAUAUAAACACAAACAUGCGCGUGCGCGCGCACUCACACACACACACACACACACACACACACACACACACACACACACACACACCAUGUUUGACGGUCUUAAUUUGGUUUCUUGGUCCAAGACAGAGAGGUCCAAGCUAUCUGUACAAUAUUGCAUUUGCAACAAAAAUGGUUUUUCCAAAAACAAAACUGACACAAGCAGAUUUCGAGAAUGUGCCCUUUCCAGACGGACGGUCUCCCGGGCAUGUACGGUAUUCUGAACCAGCUGCCAGGGCUCUUAACAGGCGCACAGUUUCACCCAGGUUGGGGGAAGGGUGGGGGGCGGGGGUUCCCCUGGAAAAUGCCCGACACAUUUUUCUACCUGAUGCUGUCACCUCAUUCGUUAUUACUGAGUCCUCACUGGCUGUGGCAGAUGGCUCUGUUCCUAGUGAAUGUCGCUCUGAUGUCCAGUACCUCUGCUUUCCCGUUGACGUGCUCUUGUUUUUAACUUAUUUUUGGUGUUGAUUUUUUUUUCCCCUGUUUUUUGUUUGUUUGUUUUGUUUUUUUCACGACUGUCAUACACUACCCAGAGAUACCGGGUCUCUUCCAUCCACCUCUAGUUGAUUGUGCGCUUAAAAUAAUAACAAAAACAGUGGGAAAGAGAACUUCCUAAAGCCAGUGUAUUCUGUUUUCGCAAGCAGUGCCUCCAGUGCAAUACUGUUUCUGGUGUAUUUGAUCUGUGAUUUCACACACUGCCCAUCAUUCCAGCUCGGAUGUGCCCGGGAGCACGCACCCUGCCCCCUGCGUCUCCGUUUCCGGCCACUGUCUGUCACUUGCAGUUUCCAUGCCGGGCUUUGUCUUCUUCAUUUUCUGUAACAGAAAAGUUCCCAUCCUGGUGGUAGAGUAUUUUCCUAAAAACAGCGCCAAAUAUUGGUAAACACUCGACUUUGACUGUUCAGUAACUCAGUGGUUUCAUGGUAGGGUUUUGUUGGGGGUUUUGUUUUUGGUUUUCUCAGUUUUCUUUUUUUAAAAAAAGACUUUCUAAAGAAAGGGUAAAAAUUCGGAAGGGUGCACAUGUAUAUGUACAUGUGGCAGGUUCCUGAUCUGCUAGGGAGACAUUCUCUGUCACUCUCAGGGGUCUGCAGUGAGGUUCUUGGGACAGCCCUUCAUGUUCUGGGAUGUUCGGGCAUGUGCUCGCAGGAGAACCAGGGACCGGGUGAGUGUCAGUCACAGUGGAGAAGGUUCCAGAGGCAUUGGUGAGCACCCGUGGUGCCUUUGGACCAGUAUUCUUCCAGGAUGCAUCAGCAGAUUAAUACUUGUAGCAGAAGAACCUUUUUCCAAUGUCCCAGUCUCAUUCUUCAAAGUGCUCGGAGACAUUUCCCAAGAUUUACAGACUAGUAAUAAAUGUGUUCUCAGACGUUUACAAGAUGAAGGGCUUCUCUCCUCUGAAUUUCUCAUCCUAAGCCGUUAGCUCUAGACCUCUUUCACCUGAGAAGUACAAGGCCUCCGAGUUAGGAGUUGGCUCUUGUGACUUCCUCCCAGCCAGCCAUGGUACUUUUCUCAAGCACAAAGUUUGUUCUUUGGGGUUCCAACUGACCACCUUGGUCUGCUGAACAGUACCUGGUUUUCUGCACAGGCAGCUUCAGAUCUGAUCUAGGGCUUCACCUUGGAAUGAAUGCAGGCAGUAGGGCCUGAUUAGUGACCGUCACUGACUUGCCAGGCUCCUGGUGGAGUGGCCGGGGGCCCACCUCGGUUCCGUUCCCCAGGAGACAGAUCUCGGAACAGCUCAGGUCUGUCCCUCGCUAGAGUGCUUGUAUCAAGAGCUGAGCCCCGGCACUCAGCACAGAGGCCUGGAGCAGGAGCAGCCAUUGGCAGCCUCAGCCACCAGGCAGUGAUGAAGUCUGGCAGCCCCUAAAGCUCCCAACCCCAGGGAAAAGUGGGGUUGGGGGGUCCCCAGGGGUCCUGCCUUCCAGUGAGCCGGGCUGUGCCUGUCACUCCACAGAACGCGAGUCCUCGGAGCUGUGUGUUCAUUGCAUUCAUUCCGAAGGAUCUUCUUUCCCUGUCAAACAGGUCAGCCAGUGGUGUGAGUUAGGGGACUUCAGGUACCGAGAUCAUAUGAGGUCAGUGCCCUAUUCUGUGUUGCUGCUGUCACUUCCGAGAGGGAAAAAAAAGGAAGGAAAAAGAAUGAUGAGAGCUCUUCCUGGGACUGAGAUUUCUAUGUAAUGAAGAAGUAUAUAAUUCCAUUAUUUAUUGUUUGAGGUUUGAUUGAUUGGGACACGUACAAAGAACAUUUGAUUUUGUCGUUUGCUCAAGUCCAUGUCAUGGACCCUAUUUUACAACUAACAUGUUCGUGUCCGUGACUGGAUUUCCCCCCCCACCCCCAAACUCUUGAUGGCAAUACAGGCCCCACGUUUGCAUGAAUUUGAUCAGCCACAAAGCCCUCCAUGGCCCCAAGCGUAGAGAAAACAGCUCUCUUCAGAAGACAGCCGAGGGUCACUGUUGCUUCCCCCCAGAAUAUUGACUUGAAAUGUUCAGAACAGCAGCAAAUCUGUCACUGUCUGUUUCCUUUGAAACUUAUUAUUUACGCCUAUUUCUAAAACCUUAAAGGAAAGAAAAAAAAGAUAUAUAUUUGGCAGGUACACCAAAGAAGCCAGCUUUUUAAGAAAAAAAGAAAUUAUGAUCAUUAAUGAACCACAAACCUCAUGUUUUCAAAACAAGAUUUUUUUUUUUUGUAAAUAUUUGUUGAAAAUUGUACAGCAGAGUAACAAGUGGGGUUUGUUUGUUUGGUUUUUUUUUUUAAUUUAGAUUAUUUAAUUCCCAUCUUUCUAAACUAUUUACUACAGAAUAAUCCAUGCCUGUUAGCUGCAGAGGACUUGACGGUUUAAUUUUUCAGUUCCUGGUCAGCCCUGCCCGGCCCGGCGUGGCGGCCAUGGAGCGUGUGGGCUGCUGGACCGAGCCUGAGGCCCACCUGGGCAAGGUCCCUCGAGACAUGCCCACCUGUGUCCGAGGAAGGGCCUGGCCCCACAAAUUGAGCUUUUCAUGUAACUCCUAGUGUGUUCUUUCAUGAUGUAUUUUGUUCUUCCUUUGUAAUGUAAGUUUUUUUGCUUUGGGUCAAUUUGAAUUAAAAAAAAAAAAAAGAAAAAGAAAAACAAAUCUGGUUUAAAACAAA